AAGAAACGUGCUGACUUUCAGCUUUCACCGAUCUCAAAAGAUGAGUUGAAUAAGCAGCAGGUCAGUUUACUUGGUCUAAAUUUAUUGUAGUUUUUAGUCAUAUACGAACUAGAUAGAUUUAGCAACAGGCUUAUAAAACUUUGCUUUCACUGUUUGUGGCUUUGAAUGGGUAGACACAUGCAGCUAGAAGUCGUCAAGUUGAUGCAAUCAUAAACCUACACUUAACUAUUUUGAGGUUAUCCCUCUGAGAACAUAAAUAAAUUGUGCAAUCAGUCAAUUAGAUGAUCUUAGAAUCCUUUAGAUGAAAAACAUAAGCUGGUGGUGAUUAAAUUAGUGAUUCCUUACUUUAACAAAGACCCUAUUUUUGUGCAUUGUAUUUCUUCCAUUAUGUUAGUCAUAUACAUGUUGACAUACUUGUUUUGGGAAUUAGAUGAUUUGGCAGCCAUAUACUGAGGCGGUGAUGGAUCGACUUCCGGAGAUUUGUCGCUCAGACAUGCAUAUUUGGCGUUCACGGGCACCUCUGAUAUGCUUUGACGUCGUUGAGUUCCACCUCCCAGACCGAGUCCUUCGUCAGUUCGGGUUAGACCAGCCGAUCCCACAGGAUGUAGACACGGACGUUGCUCUACACAGGAAGGAUCGAAGGGGACAGCGUAAUUGGGAGAUUCGGCAUUCGGACCAUGUACACGAGUGGAGUCGACGAGAGGCAUUAGUCGUCCAGGGAUACCCGUUCACUGGGACUUCUUCCCCGGCCAUGACAGAGUACAUGGCUUGGUACCGUCGCAUCACGAGACUGGUCAUUACUCCACCUUCGCAGGAGCGCCCCCCGAGUCAUUACCAGCCAGCUACCUCGGACCUCCUGCUUGCACAUGCAUUUGCUGAUUUGCACGUCCAGCUAUCGGGAGCUACUGAGACCAUCUCCCACUUGCCACCAGAGACGGCUAUACCAUUUGCCAUACAGACGAUGCAGGGUUUUACAUCAUUUUGUGGCCAAACCUUGUCUAGGGUGGGGCAGUCACACCUUAUUCAGCAGCCUCGACCGUCCACGUCUUCAUCUUCUACUGUGCACACUAUGCCGAUCAGACCACCACCUCAUCGUGGAGGCCAUUCAGCACGUGCCUUCCGUCCACCGACUCCUUCUCAGCAUACUAUCAUGACAUCUCCUCCACUAGUGCAUCGCCAGUAUUAGAGAAACCGACGGCGUAGCAACACUACGUCUGGGGUUGGAGUUGGCCUGGAUGACAUUCCAGAGGAGACAGCUGCAUCAUCUUCAUCGUCACCUCAUGGGAAGAAGCAACGCCCGAGCUAAGUGUAUAUUUUGGAACUAAACUAAUUUUUUUGUAAAUGCUUAGAAUUGGAUUUUGUUAUAUUUAAUCAAUUGAAAAAUAUUCGACUUUGCAA